ACGUCAGCGCCCCUCUGCCUCAGUCACCCCCUGCCUCCUCCAGCUCUCGGGACUCCUCAGGACUGCUCUGCUCACUUCUUUAACUUUUUAUUUUUAUUUUCCUCCUGCUCACUCCCUCCAUCGCUGGUGCCUCGGCCGCUCUCCCUCCUCUAAAGCCUCUGCUGCCCGCCCCCUCCCUGUUGGCUCGGUUCGGCUCGGCUCGGCUCGGCUCGGCUCGGCUCGGCUCGGCAUGGCGCGGAUGUCUGGUCCCAUGUCUCUCGGGGCGGUGCGGGGGGACAUGAAGUGGUCGUGGAGCCACAGUUUGGACCACAGCCUGGAGGGCGAGUCCCAGGACGCCCCCCCGCUGCGGAGCUACCUGCUCCUCACCAUCUUCACCUGCUUCUGCCCCGCCUACCCCGUCAACAUCGUGGCCCUGGUGUUCUCCGUGAUGUCCAGAAACAGUUAUUUUGAGGGGGAUUAUGAGGGUUCUCAUAGGCUGGGUCAGAAGGCUCUGCAGGUGGCCAUUGCCUCCAUCAUCAUCGGCCUUCUGAUCAUCGUGAUCUUCUGCUCCGUGCACUUCACCACGAAAGACCUUUAGAUAAAAGACACUGGGGAGGCAGGGGUUGGAUGAUGUUGGGGUUUAGAACACUGUGUGGGAUCUCCCCUCUCCACCUCAGCCUAAUAACUGUCCCCCAGAAGAGGACAACAACUGUAGCACUCCCUGAACAAUCCUAAUAAUGUACAAUCCUACUGUCCACCCGCCAGAACCCCCCCCUCAUCCCCCACCACCCACACACACAUACACAUCACCGCAUACACUCACAAAACAAAAUGUCCAUUGCUGAAUCAACUCUGACAGAGUCAAUUUACCCUAGAGUGUAUUUGAUGCCACUAAGGCUCAUAGAAAAAAGGAGUAACUGUUUUUGAUAUAACAGUUCCGUACAUUAAAACUACUUUCAUUUAAUAUGAAAAUGUAAACAGUGGCUACCUGGCCAUAAGUUUUUGAUGAACAAAGUAAGGCACAUUAACACUUGCAUAUGGUCUUUCUUUCUUAAAUAUGAUUGUGGGUAUUACAAAAAGUACAGUAUGUCAAUAUUUCUGCAGUUGUAGUUUGCUUAAAGUAUAUGCUUAAAGGUGUUUGCAUAUGCUUAAAAGCCAUAUUCUCUAAAACAGAGUAUGGUCACAGAUCUGCUGCAAUAAAAACUACAAUGGAAUUUAUUACCUCUGCCAAAUAGGUUUUGUAAUGACGCCUGUCCGUUUGAUCAUUUAUCUCUCUAACAUAUCUGGAAAAGUAAGGGCCAGAUUGAUGUGAAAUUUGCUGUACAUAUUCAUGUUCCCAAAACGGAGAAACCUAUUGAUUUUGGAGACCCCAUGGCCUUUCUUCUAGCGCCACCAUCAGGCCAAAAUUUCUAAUUGUGAUCGGUAUAUCUCAAAAACUAACAGCCAGAUUGCAGUGAAAUUUGCUGUGCCGAAUCAUCUUCCCAAGUGAAAGAAACCUAUUGAUUUUGGUGGUCCCACGACCUUUUCUCUAGCGCCACCAUCAGGCCAAACAUAUGUCAAAAAGGAAUGACUGGAUUGUCAAGAUAUUUGCUGUGCCCGUUCAUAAGAAGGGAGAUUGCUGUGCCUUGGCAGAGGUCUGCACUCUACUGAGUGCAUUCUUUCUAGUUAUUGCUUGAGCCCAGUCUGAAUCUGCACUGAAAAGGUCCUUCAAUGCCUUGGGGAGAAGGGCUUGUGCUCAAGCUUCUGUUUAUCUCACUCCAGUAACAGCCACGGGUAAUGCCGUCACAAACAAAUUCCCAUGUUCAACGGCAUACCCGAUUAAAGUUGAACAACGCUGGCUUGAAUGAUAUGGCAGGGUCCUCAAGAUCUGGCUUCUCAUUUGUCUUUUCCAGACAGAUGAAGCUGGGCCAAACUAAAAUCUGGUGAUUCGGGUCCUUUGCUAUAGUUAAGUCAUAUUGGGGGAAACUCGGCUGUUUUGAAUUUACCACAAAGUUCAGCAGAAAAAAGUUCUAUACGUGCGUUAAAGCAAGACUGCUAUUGUUCAAUUUGCAGCGCAUGCUUAGCCGAAAGUUGCAUACUGAACAGUUCAGUGUGAAUGUGUGUAUAAUAACUGUAUACCCCUAACAGAACUCAGUUAGUUCAGAGUUUAAUUAACACUGACAAUUUUACUGUGCACAUGGAGACACACAGUUGGCAGCACAGACAGGAAAAGACACAUGGAUAAAUGUGCAAGCAGUAAGGUUUUGGUAUUUCUAAUCAACCCUUGACCAUACUGCAUGUCGAAGCAGCUGUUUUUGUCGCAUCUUAGUUCAAUAUAUAAAAAGGUUUACAAAUGUAUUUUUAUAGAUUUAAUUCAUAUUAAUGAAAGAUAGUUAUUCCUCUUUUACUUCACUGUCUUUAUCUCAUUUCAUGUAUUGUACUGAAAAUGAUUUGUACUGAAAUGUCUUUAAAAAGUGUACAGAAUGUAAAAAUAUGUAUAUUUUACUUAUAGAAUACAGACAUGCACUUUGGCUCAUGGGUGAAGCACAAAGAGUAACAUAGAAACUGUUUUGGGUGAGCUUUCAGUCUAAAAUAUCACAACAGUAUGACAUCAUUGAGCUAAGAACACAAUAAGAACAGGCCAUUCAGCCAUCUUGGCUUGUACUUUUUACAUAUGAUGUCUUGGCUGUAUAGCAUCAGACCUGGACUAAUCUAAAAUAAUCCAUACAUUAAUAACUGUUCGUACAUAGAAAUUGUAUAUACUGUAUAUAUUUCAUGUAAGAGCAUAUCCAGUUCCCGCCCCAACCUGGAAUAGCCAAUCGUCUGCAACUGCAGCUGUGUACAUGCGCAAACCUCGCUGCCGAUUCAGGAGUGUAGACGUCCACGGCUGUCUUCCGAAAACAUGUGGUGUCGCCAGCUGCUUCUUCUCACACCACAGAUAACAAGCAAGCUCGGUGCAGAGCGGAGUCAGAGGAGGACCUUUCGUUUGUGGUUUUAGCAUGCAGUCCAUGGGCACCUGGUCGACCAGUGGAUCCCUGGACCCUCCCACACCCUAGGCGAGGCACCUGCCGAUUGCACAUCGCCUCAUGGAGCUACCUGCCAUAGUUAGCGCUGGCAUGGUCCAGAUUUGCAUCCAAGGCCAUGAAAUAGAGAAAUUGUAUUGAAAAUACAGAUGGCAGGUGCAAUAACAAACUCACGUGGGCUGAAUGACCUGUUCUCAAUAUUGAACAUUCUUAUGAUAGUGAAUUUUGAUCUAAUUUUUCUGGUGCUUAUGAUUUCCCAUCUCAAGUUGUCUGUAAGUAUAUGUGUUCUCACGUUCGAUCUGACUGCUUUUGUGAUUGUACAUUUUAGUUGAUCUGUACCUAGAAUGUUCUGGAAUCAGACUGUUCCUUUUAUAUAAGAAAAGGUUAAAGAUGUUUUUGGGAUAUUAACACAGACUCAAGAAACUUUUUACAUGUGUAUGUGUGCUUUGUGUUAUUUUUCUAAUGUUUAAAAGUGGUUGCCACUUGUACAUGUAAUGUCAUUUAAAUAUUGUGGAAUUGUCAAGAAGAUGUAAAUGACAAUGUAUGUACAUAAUGAAAUUAUGAAUUGGUGUAUAUAUCUUAGACUAUUUUAGAUAAUGUGUUCUUCCUGUACUUUAAAACGUGUGUUUAUUAAAAUCGCAGUUAUGAAUUGACAA